CUCGCGAGAAUACCUCAUUUCCUCCUCUUUUACUCCCUGCGUUCCAACAUGGCAGUCGGCAAGAAUAAGAGGCUGACCAAAGGCGGCAAAAAAGGGGCUAAGAAGAAGAUCGUCGAUCCUUUCUCAAAAAAGGACUGGUACGAUGUUAAAGCCCCGGCCAUGUUCAACAUCCGCAACCUGGGCAAGACUCUGGUCACCAGGACUCAGGGAACCAGAAUCGCCUCUGAUGGUCUGAAAGGCCGCGUGUUCGAGGUGAGUCUUGCUGACCUGCAGAACGAUGAGAUCGCCUUCCGCAAGUUCAAGCUCAUCACCGAGGACGUCCAGGGCAAGAACUGCCUGACCAACUUCCAUGGCAUGGACCUGACCCGUGACAAGAUGUGCUCCAUGGUCAAGAAGUGGCAGACAAUGAUCGAGGCCCAUGUGGACGUGAAGACCACAGACGGUUACCUGCUGCGCCUGUUCUGUGUGGGCUUCACCAAGAAACGCUCCAAUCAGAUCCGCAGGACGUCGUACGCCCAGCACCAGCAGGUCCGCCAGAUUCGCAAGAAGAUGAUGGAGAUCAUGACCCGUGAGGUUCAGACCAACGAUCUCAAGGAGGUGGUGAAUAAACUGAUCCCUGACAGUGUAGGGAAGGACAUUGAGAAAGCCUGCCAGUCCAUUUACCCCCUGUACGACGUCUUCGUCAGGAAGGUCAAGAUGCUCAAGAAACCCAAGUUUGAGUUGGGGAAGCUGAUGGAGCUGCAUGGUGAAGGUGGAAGCAGCAGCUCUUCUAAACCAGCAGAAGGUGACACUGGGGCAAAGGUGGAGAGAGCAGAUGGAUACGAACCCCCUGUCCAGGAGUCCGUGUAAAACACUCAUGCUCAUAGACCUGUCCAAUAAAGUUUGGAAAAAUCAACAAA